AUGCCAAGCCUUGAGGAGCUCGAGCGCCCGGCCCACCAAGCGCACGCAGAAAACACUGCUCGUCGUGCCAUUCUCGGCCUUCCUCCUCGCCGACCACACAUCGACAUCGAGGAAAUGAACGACGGCAAUGGCAUUAAGGACGUCGUGGACGACAUCAAGGUCCACGUCAAGCGCAUCGAGAACGAUGUCAAGGACGCCAAGGAAGACACCAACGGGCUUUGCAAUGACGUCGAUAUCAUCAAGGACGACAUGGAAGACGUCAAGUGCGACGUCAAACGCGUCAAGCACGACCUCAAGGGUGUCAAGGAAGACGCGAUCGACCUUUGGAACGGCCAGAAGGAAAUGCUGGACAUCUUGCGCCACAUCGACAGUCAAACCGCCUCCACGAACGCCCAGAUCGCCCGCCUCACUGAGCGCAACACCCAGCUCACGGAGCGUAACACCCAGCUCACGGAGCGUAACACCCAGCUUGUCGAGCGCAACGUCCAGCUUGUCGAGUACAACGCCCGCCUUGUCGAGGACCGUUGCACGAGGCUCGAGCAGCGCACCAUGGCCAUCGAGCAGCGCGUCAUGCCUCUCGACCAGAAUCCCGCUGUACUCCAUCGCCAGCACUUUGGCUUUGAUGCGCUGGAUGCCGUGACGCGUCACGAUGGCACUCCAGGCUACCAUGCCCCUCCCCGUUGGUCGCAGGGUGGAUACGACCGCCGCUGA